AUGACAUUGCAAUUGGUUUCUCUUAACUACUCAACACAACUCUCUUCUCUUUCAAGAACCGCUCAGACAUAUAUAUUCCAUCUCCAACUACCAAAGAAACAAAUCAAAAUUUNAGCGUACUCGAUCAUCGGCCUCUGGCACCUCUUCAGCUCCAUCAAACUCCACACCCUCCGCCCCAAAUCCUUCCUAACCCAGCCCUGGUUCCCCUUCCCGCGCCUCAGGCACCUCGAGCCCUUCACAAUCAUCCUCGUCACCACAAUCUUCUCGUCCAUGGAGCUAUCCAUCGGCCGCGGCCCACUAACAUCCACCAAGAAACUCCCCCACACGGAACACGUCCUCAUCGCCCUCUCGUUCUUCGUCUACGCCUCGUUCGCCGUCGUCCUGGACCGGGCCCACGGCCCGUCCCCCACAAAUAACGGGCUUGUCCACUUCCUCCAGGCCCUCUCCUUCGGGCUCCAGCUUCUCGUCCUUCACCUCCACUCCACCGACCACGCGGGCCUCGAGGGACACUACCACUGGCUGCUGCAGCUCGUCACCUUCGCGUCGUUGGCCGGGACGCUGCUGGCCGUCGGCUGGCCCGGGAGCUUCGUGAACUCAUUUGCUCGGGCUUUCAGCGUGGUCUUUCAAGGGGUGUGGCUGAUGGUGACGGGAGUCUUGCUGUGGAGCCCCCGGAUGCUUCCGGAAGGAUGUGUUUUGAAGGCUGGGCCGGGAAGGGUUGCGGUGUUGUGUAAAGGGGAUCGGGCCCUGGAUCGGGCCAAGGGGUUGGUUAAUGUUCAGUUUGGGGUGUGUUUGAUUUUGUGGGCGGUGAUUGCGAUGUCGUUUUAUGUGGUGAUGGUGAAGUGGUGGUGUCGUGGGGAGGGGGUUGUUGUUGAGUAUGAGUUUUUGGGUAAGGUUGAGGAGACGGGUGAGGGAGAUUUGGAGGAUAAACAGAGAUGCAAAUCGAGAAAUUCUUUACCAGUGUGA